AUGGAUACAUUGAUGGACUCUACAUCUGCUGCCGAGGAGGGGUCCUCACAAGUGCAACGACAGGUCAGGCUGCGACUCACUUCGCGCCAUGCAGAUCUCGCAUUGCCCGAGUCAACAGGUCCUAUCCUUGUGCCUACAGAGCUACGACGAUAUGCGCUAUCCACACUUGUGAAUAACCUGCUCGAAUCGCCGAAACCAAUACCCUUUGAAUUUUUAAUCAAUGGGCGAUAUCUCCGAACUUCGAUAGACGAAUAUCUCACGGCCAAUGGUGUUUCAGCGGAAACUGUGCUCGACGUUGAAUAUGUUCGAGCUCUCAUACCCCCACUCCAUGUCGCGUCUUUUAUGCAUGACGACUGGGUGAGCGCCGUUGAUGUUUUGUCCGGAACGUCUCCAGCUGCGCGAUGGAGCAGCAACCAGAUACAAGCAGGAAAAGAGAGGAUACUGUCUGGUAGUUAUGAUGGGUUGCUGAGGAUGUGGAAUAUGUCCGGGGAGACAAUUGCUGUUUCUCCGUCUGCUGGUAACGGCGGACACGGUUCGUCAGUUAAAGGAGCUAGAAUGAUCUCGCCAAAUCAGAUUGUCUCAUGCGGAAUGGAUCGGACUGUGCGAUUAUGGAAAUACAGCGAGAGUCAAGACGGAUUUUCUGCUUCGAUCACGCCGCAAAUUGAAUAUUAUGGGCACAAGGGAAGCGUGGACUCUAUUGCUGUCCAUGGCCCGUCGAAUAGGAUAUUGUCUGCCUCCGCUGAUAAUACGGUCGGAUUCUGGUCUACGAAAAAGUCGGAAAGCCCUGAGGCUCCUGCAGAUCUCUUGCCAUCCAGUGCUGCAAGAAGCGCCAAAAGACGAAAAGUCAAGUCCUCCGUUAGCACCCCUCAGCGGGGACCUUUGGCUAUACUAGAAUCGCAUACCGCACCCGUUUCGGCUGCUAUAUUUGAUGCCAAGGACUCAACUGUUGGCUAUUCGACUUCUUGGGAUCAUUCGCUUCGUACUUGGGAUCUGGUCACUUCCGCUCUCGUUGAUACCCGAACUACCUCUUAUUCUCUACUAUGCGUUGAACACCUACCAGAACUCACAUUGCUUGCAGCCGGUACAGCCGCGCGACAUAUUACCCUGAUUGAUCCUCGAGACUCAGCAACGGCCGUCUCGGCCAUGACAUUGAGAGGCCAUACUAACAUUGUCGUCUCUCUUGCCCGAGACCCGAACAGUCAGUACGGAUUGAUCAGUGGCAGCCACGACGGCACAUGUAGGAUAUGGGAUAUACGGUCCACGAAGACCGAGAAGGACGGCGUUGUUGGAGAGAGCAUAUACUCUAUUUCAAGAAAGAGUGUUGAGGAAGAAGGCAAGCGAGUAGGUGGUGAUGGCGUUAAAGUGUUUGAUGUCUGCUGGGAUAAAACAGUUGGAAUAGCGAGUGUUGGCGAGGACAAGGCUGUUCAGAUAAAUCGAGGAAAAGGUAUUCUUCAAAAGGAGGUGAUAUCAAAAUAA